AUCGAUGAUUUUAUAGUUUGACAGUUGGCAGCGGUUAAAUAGUUUAUGAUUUUCAAAUGCAGCGAUUUUUUCAAAUUUUUGGUUCACAGAAAUGCUCAGUGAUAGGCAUGAUACACGUGGAUGCGCUGCCAGGCACGCCGCGUUAUGCCGGCAAUUGGCAACAAACCAUACAAAAGGCCACCUAUGAGGCACAGAUGUACAAGAAACACGGUGUGGAUGCCGUGCUCAUCGAGAAUAUGCAUGACAAGCCGUAUGUGCUCAACUGCCAGCUGGGCAUUGAGAUUGUGGCCUGCCUGACGCGUCUGGGCCAAGCUGUGAGAGAAGUUCUGCCCCAGGGAGUACCUUGUGGUAUCCAGGUGCUAGCCUGUGGCAACAAGCAGGCACUGGCCAUUGCCAAGGCCAGUCAAUUGCAGUUUGUGCGCGCCGAGGGAUUCGUUUUUGGCCAAGUGGCUAAUGUGGGUUACAUCGAUGCCUGUGCUGGCAAUCUGCUGCGUUAUCGCAAGCAGAUCGAUGCCGAGCAUGUCCUGGUCUUUACGGAUCUCAAGUUCAGUUCACAUGCCAUCACGGCGGAUCUUAGUUUACGGGAUACAGCAAAGGCAGCACAUUUCUUUCAUACGGAUGGCAUUGUCAUGACCAACAACAUUCCAGGACAGCCAGUCAGUCACAAGGAUAUGCAGGAUGUGCUGUCGGGCAAAGUGCAGGUGCCACUGCUCAUUGGCUCUGGCAUCACCAAGGACAACAUAACGCAAUACUACCAUGAUGUCCAGGGCGUCAUCAUUGGCUCACACUUUAAGGUUGACGGCGAUUGGCGCAAUGAAAUCUCCAAUUAUCAAGUGGAGAACUUUAUGCACCGCAUCUGUAAUCUGCGGGAGCGCGACAAGUACACUUGUUAUUAGUUAAUACAUGAUUUUAUUGUGUAAAUAAAUGCAUUAGAGUACAA